AUGCCAUCAGUCGUCAUUACAUUGGGUAUUGGCUGGGAUGUACAGGCUGAGAAGAAGUUGAAGGAACAAUUACCAAAUGGUUCGCGAUUCUACGGUGCUGAUCCAAUCUACGAGCAGAACGAUAAACUCUAUUCUGAAAUUGGACAGUAUUUUCCGCUGGCCGUUGGUAACGAAACAAAGGUUUCACAAGCCUACGUUAUGCCGAAGGAGUUGAAAGGUCAGGCUUUCGAAGUUUUGCUUGACCCUCUUAUUUAUGAAGCAGAAUUUUGGUGUGUCGGUUUGAAAGUUUAUCGGUGUGUCGAUUUGUAUGUUUGCCGGCCUAUCCGUCCGCAAACUUUAUGA